CCCAUCUCGCCCCACUCAGCGAACUUUUGCGCCGUGCCGCGACCGGGCGGUCUGGCUAGGUGAUGACGGAUAGCAUGAUGAAAGAGGCUCACGACUUCGAGACCUUUGACCGAAACUCAGAUUUCCGAGCCAUGAAAUUUAUCUCUCGUUGUAUGGAGAACACUCGAAUUCCCUUUUUGGUGGCCACCUGCUUGGGUACCGUCGCGAUGAUCACAACCAUGGUGAUGUGCAUCCUCCACUCUCGGGCGCUGGAUCGGAGGCCGAUUUGCAUGUUGAGGAGCUACUACCAUGGAAUGCUGGUUUUUCCCAUGGUUUGGGCUAUCUGUUGCUGGUUCGCUCUCUUUUGCCCACUGGUGGCUCCUUUGUCAGAGCUCUUCAUGGGUCAGAGCGAGGCUUAUGCGAUCUACAUCUUCUUGGUGAUCAUGUAUAUGUUGGUGUCCAUCGAAGCUUGUAAGACGAAACUGGAGCAAAGUGACCCAGGCCAGACAUCCCUGCGAUCAGAGAUGGAAAAUAUGGGCCAAACCAUCAUGGACGCGGUUCACGACUAUGGACCUCAAAAGUAUUUUGCGGUGCCACCCUUCGGUUGCUGCUUUAAGCCCUGCUGCUGGGAGCACCAGAUCACCGCCAAGCAGUUGCUCUGGGUCUCCCGAUUGGUGAAGCAGUAUGUCAUUCUGGAGCUCUUCCUGAACACAUUUUUCAUGUGGGCGGGGUUAACCUUCCAACCGGAACGUGCUGCCAGGAUUCAGAAUGUCGCUGCGUACAUUUUGAAGAUCUCCGGCAUGAUGGCUGUUUACGGCCUAUUCAUCAUGUACAAGGCCACCCACGACUUGCUCCACGAUUGGAAUACCACCAGGAAGUUUGUGUCUGUGAAGAUCGUGAUUUUGCUGUCGGUGAUCCAGAACAAGCUCUUCUCCUGGUUUAUCCACACGUUCCGGCCACGUGAAAACAGUUGCUUGUUGACACCUGGACAUCCAGAGGAGCUGGAGCGAAUUGUGGUCUUUUGGACGACGUUUGCUUCGUUGAUGGAGACCGUCCUCUUGUCGCAUCUCAUCAUCCGAGCCUUUCCGGCGCAUGAGGUAGCCGACUUUCCUCUGAAGAACUUAGAUUUGGUCGAGCUGGAACUGCGACAGAUCCAUGAGCGCAGCCUACCCUCAGGCUUGGAUUCGGAAAGUAGCGAGGAUGACGAGGAAAGCAAAUGAGAGCGGAAGCCGCGACGUGAGAGCCAUCAAACAUAUAGCUUUUGAUUGGUUGCUAUUGGAGGAGUCUAUC